AUGGCAUCUUCUUCACAGGCGAAUGUCCCAUAUCUUCGUCGCGACACUAUAGACCAGACGGAGGUUGCUAUCAGCACCUACUAUAGGGAUUCACAUUUUCCGGAUCUGGUUGAAACUUUAAAUGUGGUCGGCGAACAGUGCAAUUCAGAUUUAUUGGGAAGAUUUAGAGCAUCAUGUUUUGGGCAUUUCACUGAUUGGAGGCCCGGCGCGAAGAGCAAUAAAGCAUUUCACCAGAUUGUAUCGAGGCAGAUUGUGUCAGAAGAAAAUGAGAUGUGCUUCUUUCUGUGCGGAGCACGAGUCAGAUUUUCCCCUGCGGACUACGCAUUAGUGACUGGGCUCAAUUUCGGGGGAUCGAGGUUCGAUGCGACAUUACAGCACGACUGCAGUCGCGUGGAGGCAUACCGACGAUUCUGCGGUGCGCGAAGCAUGACCAUACAGUCGCUCAUCAAACGCGUGUGCGAUUUGGAUCGUCGAGUGGAUGAUGAGGAUGGGAGCCUGUACCUUCGUGCUGUCCUCGUGUGUGUGGCUCACACCCUUGUUCUUGGGUUGGAUGCGCGGGUACAGCCGUGGCUUUGGGUGUUGGUGGAUGAUCUGGCUGCAUUUGAUAGAUUCCCCUGGGGCGCGUAUUCGUAUAAGAUGUUAUGCCAUUAUACGAGAGAGACAGGAAAGGGCGAGAAGUAUCACUUCUACGGUCCUUCGUGGGCUUUAUAUGUCUGGGCAUUGGAGCGCGUCCCGGGCUUCGGACACAUGGUCGCAGCAUCUAGCGGUGAUCCGACAGCGCACCCUCGGUGUUUGAGAUGGACUUUCAGGGGUAAGCCGAAGCUUCACGGUCUGCGCGAUCUAUUCGAGGGACAGGGUGGUGUCAUGCCCCUGGACCCCGAUGAUGACGAUCUGUCGAGUCACUACUUCAUAUCAGCGCUGACACCGGGCGAACUCUCGGUGAGCUUCAGGCCCCCCGACAACCCAUUAGCUCGGGGUGUCCAAUUUCCACAGGGCACCGGAGCCCGUGUUGUGGAGGAGCGCGGGGACGAGGAGGAUGUACCUAGACAGCCUCGUACGACUCGCAGUCACAGUGUCCGGGGCCCUGUGAGGGAUGCUCGACAGCACGAGCCGGCUCGUCAUUCAGUAGAUCCGGGCUCGCGCCCUGUGAGGGAUGCUCGACCCCACGAGCCGGCUCGUCAUUCAGUAGAUCCGGGCAAGCGCCCAGCGCCGCAUACUUCUUCAUCGUCGAGCGGAUCUCGGACUGUAUCCAGUCCCAGCGAGGGUGAGGUGGAUCGUAAGUGGGUGAAGAAGACGAUCCGUCAGGAGAUUAAGAAGGCCUUCGGCAAAUUCGUGGAGAAACUGAAGAGCAAGGGUAAAAAGGAUAGGUGCAAGAAGAGCAAACAUUUCCGAGUGCCCGACUCCCCUGAUGAUGAUGACCAGCGACGGUCCCCUGAUCCUCCACAGCCACGGUCUCCUCCACAGCCACGGUCUCCUCCACCCAGUGCUUCAGGGCCCGACGCUUCAGGGCCAAGCGUUUCACGUCCCUGCGACGACGACCCCCGCGAUGAGGAACCACGCCAUCCAGAGACCCAGGCCUACCCAUCACGCCCUUCAGAUUAUGCCCAUUCCCGCCCAGCAGAGACCCCGGAUUACAACGAGCAGUGGCGGGCCAUGAAUCAGUCUGUUCAGGGCGACUACACACCGGCAGCGCAGACUUUUGACUGGUCGACCCAGGUCUACCCUCAUUGGUCUUCCCCAUUCCUGAAGCCGCAGUAUAGCACAGAGACCCCGAUAUUCUUUGCUGAACCGCUCACUUCUAUUGCACCACAUGAGUGGGGACAGUCCAGUUCGGCAGGGCAGGCUCAGACGGAGGAGCCUGAGCCACAGGCAGAGCAGCCACAGGUACUGCUGCUGCAGCACCCAGAGCAGCCGCCAGCAGAGCUCCCGCGUCGCAGUCAGAGGGUGAGACGUCCGUCUAACUUUCAGAGAUCGCCUUGGGUUAAUAGCCAAAUGCCACGUCCAGUGACACAAACCUGCAGUGACCAUUAUGAGAAGUGGAUGGCUAGGUGUCGAGAGGGUAGGGGUCGUGAGAUUUAUGUCAAGGCAAGUGGUGGUUUGCGGGAGUACGACGACUUCGCGCGGGUGGAUAAUGUCAGCCAGGAAUUCACAACUGGGAUAUACCUCAAGAAAGAGUUUGACGCUCUAUUGGAUAAGUGGGCAGGAAGUGAGUUCGGCCCCAAGGAGUUUCAUGUAUUGACUAGUACAGCACUGGCUGAUGAUUGGCAGCCUGCUAUAGAGUGGGUCUGCCAAGUACGUGGAAAAUCACUUAAGGGCCAUGAACUUCCUCCUGGUCAUAUAGGAUGGAUGGAUGCCGCACAGGUUCUCAUGCCAGUCAUAAUUGGCCACCAUUUUAUCCUAUGUCGGAUUCGGUUAGGAGACGCCGUAUGCGAGGUCUAUGACCCAGUAUUCCACAAGCUAACACCUCGACAACAGAAUGAUCGAGUUGGUGAUUUAUUACCUUUACUGAGAUUGUUGCCAGCUGUCCUUCAGGUGUCGAGGUGGCUAGACGACACAUCCAUUGAUGCGACAGUGGCAAAGAGCAAGUGGCCACUUAUGACGGCAGUGUUUGCUCCAGCGGAGGUUCAGUUUCACCAGCAGGACUCUGUCAGCUGCGGGCCUUUCGUCUGCAUGUAUGCUGAACGACUGAUAUCUGGCUCUCCAUCCAUUGAGUGGGGUAACCACAACGUGGCGGCAUACAGGGCCAAGAUUGCUAGAUCUAUAUUUUCGUUGUGUGAAACUAGGACACAUCGUAUCACUAGACUUGGUUUUGCAUAGUUUUGUAUAUUGUUACAUUAAUGUGUGCUUCUAUUUGGUUAUUCAACGAGCAUUAUUUCCUGUAAAUCA